UGUACGCAGCGUUGCGGCAGUCUUGCGUCAAGGUCUCGGCGUUGGUAGGUGACGGAUAAGGUGGUGAGCCCAGCGCGCGAGAGUGGGAACAUGGAGGCGAUCAUUAGGGUGCCAUACGAGGCGGCGGUCCGGGCGGCGCUGGCGGCCCUGGAGCGGAACCUCCUGCCGGACGCGGUGGUCCGGAGGCUGACGCGACUGCUCCUCGCCGGCCGCCUCCGUCUCUGCUAUCUCCCCUCGUCCGACCUCCAGCUCGCCCAACUCCUCCGGUUCAAGCAAUCACUUGAAGAUAUGCCUAUAGCUGUGGAAACUGAUAAAGCAAAAUCUCAGCAUUAUGAGUUACCUACCUCAUUUUUCAAGUUGGUGCUUGGAGAGAACCUAAAGUACAGCUGUUGUUACUUCAAGAACAUAACAAGCACGCUGGAAGAUGCUGAGAAUGCAAUGUUAGAGUUGUAUAGUGAAAGAGCUCAGCUGAAAGAUGGCCAAAAAAUUCUGGAUGUAGGAUGUGGCUGGGGGUCCUUUGUUAUAUACAUCGCAAAAAAAUACAAAAAUUGUAGCAUUACAGGAAUAUGCAACUCAUCAACCCAAAAAACUCACAUAGAGGAGCAGUGCAGGCACCUUCAGUUAUCCAAUGUAGAGAUAAUUGUUGCAGAUAUCACCAAAUUUGAGAUGGAGGCUUCUUUUGAUCGAGUUGUAUCUAUAGAGAUGUUUGAGCACAUGAAGAACUACAAGAUGCUCCUUAAGAAGAUAUCGAUAUGGAUGAAGCAAGAUAGUUUGCUAUUCAUUCAUCACUUCUGUCAUAAAACAUUUGCUUACCACUUUGAGGACAAAAAUGAAGAUGAUUGGAUUACAAGAUACUUCUUCACUGGAGGGACUAUGCCUUCUGCUAACCUGCUUCUCUAUUUUCAGGAUGAUGUUGCUGUCCUUAAUCAUUGGCUCCUCAACGGAACACAUUACGCAAGAACAAGUGAAGAGUGGCUCAAAAGAAUGGAUAGCAACUUGACUUCCAUAAGACCAACUUUUGAGGCUACUUACGGCAAGGAUUCAGCUACCAAGUGGAUUGCAUAUUGGAGAACAUUCUUCAUAUCAGUUGCUGAGCUCUUUGGAUACAACAAUGGAGAUGAGUGGAUGGUUGCACUUUUCCUAUUUAAGAAGAAAUGAGUGGUAUGUGCAUUUUGGAUAUGAUCAUCUGUGAGAAUGCAUAGAUGAAACAUUCAAUAAGCUAGUGUUACUCGUAAUAGUUUGUACUUUAUAGUAAGGUUUUAUAUCUCGGUUCGAUCUUGAUUCCGAUACCCGGAUCAUUCGUAUCGAUCUUUUAUUGAAUUGACAAAUAAGGGUCAACCGAUAUUGGAAAUCAUGUUGUACAAGUAUUUAAACCCUAUUCAUUUAGUAGAUCUGUUUGUUUCGAAA